UAUCGCAGUUCGAUUAGAUAUAUGACAAAGAAUUUUAUACCUUUCCCUCUAUACACCCUCCGCCGUCUUAAGAUCAUUAAUAGUCAGUUGAUUAUCUUUUAUCUUCUGAGGAAAACGUAUAGCAGAGAGAAUGAAGAAGCAGGAAAGCAUAGAGCUAAUUUUAACUGACAGUUGGGCUGACCUGUCUCUCGUCUCCGUCCUGUCGAAGUACUGGCAGGGAGUGACUCUUUGGCUUCGAGUGCUAUUACGCAUUGAAGUGUCCGGUCUUGACACCGAUUCUAGAACAAUAAAAUCAUUCUCAUUCAUUUCAAACUGCAUACUUUGCUUUGUUAUCUCAUGGUGCUGGUUCAUCUAGUAUGAUGCUCACGAGUUGAUGAUACUACGUGGGCUCGAUAUAACCCAUGGAAACUUUCCUUUCACAGCUCUGGUUUUCCAGAAGGACACCGUUUUGAAUCUCGAAACGAUCAACUGGUCUUUGAGGAGAGAUCGUGAAUGCGUGUGGUUGUCGUCUGAUAUUGAAACUCGAUUUCAGUUCCCACCAUCUUUUAUAAGACAGUAGACAGUUACGUGUGUAGGUAGUUGCUCUCGGGCUGUGUUCACCUCCAAGAAAAUGCGAAUCCUUCUCUUUACAAGCAAAGCAAUGGGAUACUAAUCAUGACACUCGAUAUCAAGGUCCUAUUCUAGUCCCCUUGAUUCGCAUAGACAAAGCUACUCGCUAUAUUCGUCGGCCACGACCACAUCGUGAGGAGCCGCAUUAGCCCGCUACGCGCUUCCGAAAUUAGCGCCUCCAUCCGCGUGCCACUCAACUACCCAACAACCUACCCGCCAAAAUCGACGCCUCACAGAAAGAAGCAACAAGAACAAGCCACAAACUCGACCACACUUUAAUAGAAAAAUAAGGGACCGGAACCGAAGGAGAAACCAUGGCGACGGCAAUGACGCCUGAUGACUCGCAGGGAAGCCAACGGUACGAGGAAGAGCACGUCCACUCCGUCUACGAGCAAAUCGCAUCGCAUUUCUCGUCGACAAGGUACAAGCCUUGGCCGAUCGUAGAGCGCUUCCUCAAAGAGCAGCAAGAUGGCGCCGUCGGAGCAGACAUUGGCUGCGGUAACGGGAAAUACCUGGCUGUGAAUCCGCGCGUGUACAUUGUGGGAUCUGAUCGAUCUCGUAACCUCGCGCAAAUCGCGACUCAGCACUACCCGCAUUCCGCGAUAGUCGCGGAUAAUUUAUCACUUCCGCACCCGGCGUCUACGUUUGAUUUUGCCAUUUCGAUAGCGGUGGUGCAUCACUUGUCGACGCCGGCGCGGCGUGUAGAAGCUGUGGAGGCGAUUCUGGAGUUGUUGAAGUCUCCGCAACAGGGAGAGGUAGCUGCUAGCGGGGGGAAAGCACUGAUCUACGUGUGGGCAUUGGAGCAAAAAGAUAGUCGGAGAGGGUGGGACGAGGGGCAUGAGCAAGAUGUUAUGGUGCCAUGGGUGUUGAAAGAGAAGAAGGAGAAGGCACAGAAAGAGAGGAAAGGGAGACGCAAAGAAGCAAAGGAGGGGGCAGGAGUAGAGGGUGAGAAGUCUGCUGCAGUGAACCAGCCUGAGUCGGCGAAACCAGCGGAGGAUAAGACUUUCCUGCGGUACUAUCACCUGUACAAGAAAGGCGAGCUCGAACGCGAUAUCACUGAAGCAGGAGGAGAGGUGGUCGAGUCGGGAUAUGAGAAGGAUAAUUGGUGGGCGAUAGCAACGCGCAAGCAGUGAAC